GUGUGAAAGAAAAGAAGGGAAGAUUGGGUGGGGGGAGAGCGAGAGACAGAGACAGGACGGAACAGAACAAAAUAAGAGACUGCUGUGCUGGAGUAGUUCAUACAGCGUUAUCCUCGAAACAAAGCCUGUGGACAGACAAACAAACGGAGCAACAGAUCCGUCCUGGUUCUUUAAUCGAUUAAAAAGACACAAUGGCCCAGGAGACCAAUCAGAGCCCGGUUCCCAUCCUGUGCACUAUGGGCUGCGGUUUCUAUGGCAACCCCCGGACUAAUGGCAUGUGCUCGGUGUGCUACAAGGAACACCUGAGUCGACAGCAGAGCAGCGAUCGUAGCCCAGUGAGCCCUCUGGCUGGCAGUCCUUCAUCGGAGACGUCUGCCAUGCAGAGACUAGAAAGCAGCCUAAGCAAAGCAGAGACCUGCGCAGAAUCGACGUCAGAAGGCAUGUCCGCCGCAGCCUCCCUGCCUGUCACACAACAGAUGACUGAGAUGAGCAUUUCCAGAGAGGAAAAGAGUCCGUCUCCUGUACCGAACAAUGCGGAAGCAGUCGUUAGCCAGCCAACUUCCUCCUGUUCGCCUCUCAGCGAUGUGGCAGAGAGUCCAGACUCGGGCAAACCCAAAAAGAACCGUUGCUUCACCUGCCGCAAGAGGGUCGGCCUCACAGGUUUUGACUGUAGGUGCGGUCAGCUCUUCUGCGGCAUCCACCGCUAUUCGGACAAGCACAACUGCACGUACGACUACAAAUCCGAAGCGGCCGCCAAGAUCCGCAAAGAAAACCCAGUGGUGGUGGCCGACAAGAUCCAGAGAAUAUAAAAUGCAGGAAAAGGAGAAUUAUGGGGGAAAAAACGGAUAUCGGAUAAACGGACUUGUGUUUUUCUAUUACGAGAAAGAAGGCGGAGGUGGGGAAAAACAACUGCGCCGUGUGACGCCUGUGCAUUAAUUAGUCUUUUUUUUUCUUUCUUUCUUAGUUGAUUUUUUUUUUUCUUCUUUCUAAGACUUUUGACUGCUAUGCCAGCUCCCUGCCAUAGUUCUGCUUCGAUUUGUAGGUCAAGAUGGCGUUUCAGGAAGCCAUUAAUCCUGUUUUUCGUUCACGAGCUGAAUGACUGUCUUGCUCUUUGCUUUGGUUCAAGAUAGAAAAGAAAAAAAAAACAAAAGUGAAAACUCAAGGCUGCAUCUUUUCAGGAUACCGAUGCGAACGUAUAUAUCAAGCUAUACAUGAUACUAAGUAUUGGAUUGUUGCUUUUCUAGAAGUCACAUGGUUUGCCAAAACGAGGUUGUGCAAUUUAGAGCUGUAAGCAGGACGUUCUAUGGAUUAUUUUAUUUUGUAUUUUUUUUCUUGCUACUAUUAUCUUCCAGUCAGGAUUUAGAAGACAUGCCUUUUCUUUCCUUCUUUCCACUCAAGCCUAUUCAGUAAAAGUCAAAUAGGUCGACUUUUCGUCUAAGCUGCCUGUGUGGUCAUCAUCCAUUCAUCGCCGCCUCCCCUCAUAACAAAUUCAUAAUGUGAACAUGCUACUGUGACCCGCCGGUGGAUGAUCGAUCCGAAGGCGGCGUCGUCAUCGUUCUGGCUUUUUUUUUUUUUUUUUUUUUUUUUCUCUUCUUCUUCUUCACAUUUUUCUCACAGUCGUGCGGCCAAUACUAUUAUCAUUAUUAUAAUUAUUGUUAUUACUACAGAUACCAUGGGGGUUGUAUUUGUUUUUUUUUUUUUUUGUUAUUGUUCAUUCGAGUGCGGUUAUUUAGGUUUUUUUUCUUUUUGGUGUGUGCGUGAGAGGAGAUUUUUCCUGAGUCCAUUAGGUUUGGACAUUUGAAAUCUCAACAAAUGGAUCAGUGUUUUUUUUUUCCUCAAUGUCAGUGGGCCCUAGGACCCAUAACUGACCUCCUUUUUCCAUGAGCGUGUGUUUUCUGUAACGGCUCCGGGAGUGACAAAACCGUACCGUAACUUGUCUGUUUGGAGUUUUCAUUUCUGCUA